UGUCUGACUGUAUCACCUCAAGCCCAGCAGAAGAUUCUGCAGAAACUAAAACCAAUAUAAGCAAUUCGCAAUCAUUAACCAAAUUGAGUGUUUGCAGAGCAGGAAAAGCUCAAGUACUACUUAAGAAUACAAAAGUUUCUCAUGAUUAUAUAGUAACUCAAGAUUUUAUACAAGAAGUGUCUUCGAAGUUGAUAGAUGAAGAUGAUGUCUAA